GUGGGGGCGCGGCUUCGCUGGAGCAGCAGCAGCGGGGUCACAUUAGCUCGCGGCUAAAGCUAAAGUCUGGUGUUUGUUGGUGUUUUUCUGAUUUAUUAUCAGUUUUUAGUUUAUUAACAGGCUCAUGGACUCUUCUAAAUCAGGUGAGCCUCACCUGAGGCACGUGGAGCUGGACGUGCUGAUCCCGAAGAUGAUGAGGGAGAAGGCGAAGGUGCGAUGUUCUGAAGUGGUGGAAGCAUUCAGUGCGUGCUGUAAGGAGACCGGGAUCCUGAUGGUGGUGAAAUGCAGGAAGCAGAACUCCGCCCUGAAGGAGUGUCUGACCAAACAUUAUCAGGAUCCAGAUUUUUUCGAGGAGUGUAAACAGGAGUAUAUCCGGGAGAAAGAGGAAUUUGAGAGGACCGGUAUUCCCUCGAAACAACGGAAACAGAAACUUCCCACCAGCAUGUGAUCCCCAUCGUAACCGGACCCGGCACCGGACCCCCGGGCCCGAACCAGGACCCGGCACUGGACCCGGCACCGGACCCGGCGUCGCCGAGCCGAGCUUGAUUAUACAGCGGAUCUUCUCUGAGCUCCGGACUCGUUUAUAUUCAUGAUGAUAAAUCCUCUCAGAUCCUCAGACUCAUCUCCAUUCAGAGAGAUUCACUUCCCUUCAUUACACACGAUAACACCUCAUCAACCACCAGCCUCUCAUCUUCACUUCCUGUUAUCUUCUCGCGCUCAUCUGCUUUCAUCAGUUUCAUCAAGACAACGAGUCUCUCCGUCUCAAAAAUUAACAAGUGUUCUUAAUUUGUGUAAAAGUGUCUUUUUUGCUCGUCAGUUAUCUCAUCGUGAAUAAAUGGGCGGGGCCAGAUUCGGUUUACAAAUGCGAUAAAAUGCUAAUAUUUUACCUGAUUUACCCGUUUGAUCUUUAAAAACGUUAAAUUAGCCCCGCCCAUUCAUUUUAGCCCUUUACGCUAUAAUAAGUCAUAAGUGUUUCAGUCCAGCCACCAAUCAGAACAGAGAUUAUUUACAUAUGCCUUUUGAUAAAAUCACACAGAUGUAAGAAGUCGAUCUGAGUGAAUAAAAUUUAAUGGUGUAAGAUCUUUAAUGUUCUCAAAUUAUAAUUAUAAAAAAUAGGAUUCUGUAUAUUUUUUGCAGAAACUCUACAUUUUGCAUUCUGUAUGAUUUUAGAGAAAUUCUAAUGUUUGAAAUAUUGAAAAAAAUGGCAUUUCUGUAUUAAUUUUGGAGGAAUCCAAAUUUUUGAUAUUUUGGAGAAAAUCGUAGUUUUUGAUUUCUGUACCAUUUUGUUGAAAUUCUGAAUUUUGGGUUUCUGUGUAAUUUGAGGUAAUCAAACAUUUUGGAGGUUUUGCAUAAUUUUGGAGAAAUCCAAAUUUUUGUUUUUUUUUGUACUUUUAAAGAAAAUCUAAAUGCUUGGUUUCCCCAUCGUUUUGGUGAAAUUCAAAAUUUGGGGUUUUGGUAUAAUUUUGGACAAAUUAAAAUUUUUGGAAAUGUGUUUUUUAGGUAAAAUUUAGAAAUUUUGGUUUCUGUAUAAUCUUGGAGAAAUUAAAAUUUUGUUUUUCUGUUUAGUUUUGAAAAAAAUCCACAUUUUGGAUUCCUGUAUUAUGGUAAAAUUAUGAAUUUUGGUAAAUUUCAGAAUUUUGUUUUUUUGUACAUUUUUUGGAGAAAUUAAAAAAUUGUGUAUUUCUGCAUAAUUCUGGACAUAAAUUUUGCAGUAUUCCCAUUGGUCCAUUGGUCAUGAUGUUGAAGAGGAUGUGGGAGGAGCUGAGGAUCUGAUGGGGGUGUGAUUAUAUCGUGUUAAUUGUGUGUAAAAUGUAAUAAAUUAAUCUAAAGUCUGA